AUGGCUGACGGAGGCCAGGGUCACAAGGAGGGGUCAACCGAGGUCACAAGAGGCCGACGGAAGGACCAGGUUGCUGAGUCGAAACGCGCGAAGGGAAUCGAAGAGAGACAUAGUUUUCCUGGAAUGGUUUGGAAGAUCAUGUUCUUCUUUUCAAAUAUCUGUCUAAAGAUACCUCAGUUCCGCUUCAUUUAUCUUACGGAGAUGCUGAAGAAUGCGCGAGUGAUGCUGAAGUAUGUCGCUAAACUUACUCAAGAGUUCUACUCGACCUACGACGUCUGGACAGGAAUCCGCACAGCCAUCACACUCGCCCUCUUCUUCAUCUUCAGUGUGACGAUCAUCCUUUACAAGAGCAAAUGCAAGCCCCGUCGGAAGUAUGAGUUAUACCCGAGCCUCGAGGAUAUGCCCGGGAGACCUCUGGAUUACUAUGACUAUUGGUAUAACAGCCCGGCCAGUAACGACACCAGCCAAAAGGUCAAUGGCGUGGACGUGUUAGGAAGAUGCUACGACAACGGCCGAGGGGAGACCGGGUCAGCGCCCUUGCCUAAAAGGUCAAUAGGGUCCUACUCAAGCCUUAACAAUUCCUUCAGGGUCAAGAGCCUCCCCGGCAGCGUCAUGAGGAUCAACUGGUCCAGAAUGAGCUCCUCCGAAAGGGACGACGUCUCUCAGACCCAUUCGUGUCGGUCGGAGUUCCUGCGAGUGCCUGGCGUGCGCCUUCAGUCUACGGGGUCCAGCAGUGAUGGCUACAGUGCUUCUUCCUCCACGCACGACCUGCCCGCUGAAAUUAACUCGGUGGCUCUGUUGGGUGUCCCUGGGGUUCCUCCGCGAACAGGCAAGCCUCUACUGCAGCUCGGAGGAAUGGACUGGGACAGCGAUCAUGCAACGGCAGAAUGGAUUCAAACUAUUGAUAUUAAUGUCAUUCAGCCUACUCCAAAUAUAUCGCCGUGUGGCUCAGUUCGCAGCGUUUCUGACAAUUCAGAACUGUCGCGACUGCCACUGCCCGGGCGCGGCCGAGUACAGUCGAUAUUGUCUUUAGAUUCCCCGGACUUUGAUAGUCGUUCCAUUGGGUCAGAUUCUGUGUUUAUGGAAGAUUCUGUGGGUGAAACAUGUAGCAGUUUCUCAGAGAGCAUGGAGAGUGGAACUUCGUUUAUGGGGCGGUCACCUUCACCAAAGAACCAGCGGGUGGUUCAGUCAUACAGAUUAGGCAUCAAUCCAUCUGGUCCUGCAUCACCCUCUGGACCUUACAAAUCACCUGUCCGAGCUCCAACCCUUGGCAACCUGCAUAAAACUAAAGACCAACGAAGUCGCCAAAAGAUGCUUCAACGGCAGCGCUGUGAAGAUCAGGAUAAUCCGCUUCCUGGUAUCAUGCUGUCAGCACCUACAAUGGAGUCAUUGGUGUUGCCUUCUAUAAGCAGCCAUUUGAGUGCUUCUUGUGAAAAAUUGGCUGUUCAUUCAGCAAUAACAUCGGAAAGUGACUUAGCCAACAGUCACACAUCCCUCGCCCCAACCAGUAGUGUAGAAGAGCCAAUGUGUGCAGUUUUCACGGUGCCAUCACUUCGGAGAACUAACUCAGCAACUACACCUCAGAUGAAAGAGGAGGCAGCAAGUAGUUUUAAGAGGGCUGAUAGUGAACAAAAUCCCGUGCAGAGAGCAGACAGUUCUGCAUCACAUCAAAGACGAUCUAGUGAGUCUUCUACUGGUUCUGAUGCCAGUGAAUCAGUAUCAUUCCAUUUGAUGGUGCCAGAAUUAAGCAUUGAUAAUCCCAGUAAUGAUACAAGCCCAUCUGGGUCUCCCAACAGCUCUCCUUCAGCCUCCCCAGUUCCAGUGCGUGCUGCUACACAGAAACCUCCUCCACGGCCCCCUGAGCCUACUCCACCACCCAUUAAGGCAGGAUCUUCACGGCCAGCAACUCGUAAUGAACGACGAGUCCUCAGGCGCCAGUACAGUACACAUAGCCCUGCAAGUCCCACACUCAUGCGUGAUGAGCAAAGUGGACACCAUUCACUGCCGACGUACAUGGAAGAAACUGAUACUGAUGAUCCAAAUCAACCUCCGGCACCCCCCAGCUCUCCAUACCCUCUUGCUCAUCUUCUAUCACGGGAAGACUCAGCCUCUCCCCAGUCAUUAGCAUCCCCUUUAUCACCAAUUCCACUUGCACACAGACUUCAGCGAGAUGGGUCUGGCUCAUCACAGUCCUUAGCUUCACCUGGCUCCCCUCGACUGAUAGGCAAUCGUCUUCUCCGUGAGGGGUCGGAGUCUCCACAAUGGCCAGCUUCCCCCACAGCAAAUCGUCGUGAAGAUUCAAAGGCCUUUCCUAAUUCCCCUCUUCCAGCACAUAAACGUGCUCAGCGUGAAGAGUCAGCAUCUUCUCAGUUCCUUACACCUACUACUAAUCUUCACCCAAAAGUCCGUCGACUUCAUCGUGGUGACUCUGAUGCCAACCAACUUCUGGCUCCUGUUUCUACCCACCAGAAAGUCCGACGGCUCCAUCGUGAUGAUUCAACCUUCUCCAAACUGACAUCUCCCACUACACCACAACAAUCAAAGAGUCUCCAACGUGAUGACUCUAGUUCUUCUCAUUUAUCAACCCCUCCUGCUACUCCUCUCCCAACAUGCAAACAUAUCCAACGAGAGGAUUCUGAUUCAUCUCACAUUCCUGAAUCUCCUAGCUCAACCAAGUCAUCAACACAUUAUCUCCAGAGUGAUGAUUCUGUGUCAACAUCUCCAAGUUCUCCUCUCCCAACAGUUAGACGUCUGCAGCGUGAGGACACUGACUCUUCGAACAUUCCAGACUCCCCAGUUUCUCCUGAGUCAACAUCCCAACCCCUCCAGCAAGAAGACACUGGAACUGGUUCCUCAAGCAUGCCCACACCUCCAAGCACACCUCAUUCAGUAAUUACACAGCUGGAGCGGGAUGAUUCGGACACCACCUCUCCUGUUCUAGAAUCAUCAAGUUCUUCCCAACCAUCAACACCUCGGUUCUUGCGAGAGGACUAUGCUUCUCGUCGUAAGUCUCCAUCACCUGUUUCCCCACAUGCAACAAUCCAACGGCUACAUGCUGAGCAGUCAGGCUCUCCCAAAUUGCUAUCAUCCCCUAGCUCCCCAAAAUCACCAGCUGCCCGUCUUCAGCAGGAUCAUCCUAGUACCCCUCCGGCUCUCUCAGGCUCACUGCAUUCUAAAGGUCCGACAAUGAAGCGAGAAGACUCAUGUUCUCCCCAGCCCCCAGCGCCUCCAAGUUCACCGUUACCAAAAGUAAGACACAUCCAUCGUCAAGAUUCACGAAAUUCCUUGCCACAAAUUCCCCCUCCUUCACCUAGUAUCCUUAAAAAUCGUCGAGAUUCACAGCCACAAAUGUCCCCAGUGUCUCCUUAUAGAGAUCGUCGAGAUUCACAGCCACAAAUGUCCCCAGUGUCUCCUUAUAGAAAUCGUCGAGAUUCACAGACACUCCAGUUUGAAAUGUCUCCUUCUUCUCCUGUGCCCUUUCAAUUUGAUCGUCGAGAAUCGCUCAAACAGUCCCAAAUCCCUCCUUCUUCUCCUCCUGCAACCUUUGUCUGUCGCCUUGAUUCACCUUUAUCCCAAAUCCCUCCUGGUUCCCCAUCAUCAGCUUUUGCGAGCCGACGUGAUUCACUACAGUCGCAAAUGCCUCAAAUGUCUCCCUCAGCAACCCUCGAAAGACGCCGUGAUUCUCCUCUAUCCCAGAUCCCACCUGGGUCCCCAUCAUCAGCUUUUGCAAGCCGACGUGACUCACUCCAGUCACAGGUGCGUUCAAUGUCUCCAUCAGCAACUUUGGAAAGGCGUCGUGACUCACCCAUGUCCCAGAUCCCUCCUGGGUCCCCAUCAGCAGUAGCUUUUGCAAGCCGACGUGACUCGCUACAGUCACAGGUGCUCCCCAUGUCUCCAUCAGCAACUUUGGAAAGACGUCAUGACUCACCCAUGUCCCAGAUCCCCCCUGGGUCCCCAUCAGCAGUAGCUUUUGCAAGCCGACGUGACUCACUACAGUCACAGGUGCUCCCCAUGUCUCCAUCAGCAACUUUGGAAAGGCGACGUGACUCACCUAUGUCCCAGAUCCCUCCUGGUUCCCCAUCAGCAGUAGCUUUUGCAAGCCGACGUGACUCACUCCAGUCACAGGUGCUUCCCAUGUCUCCAGCAACUUUGGAAAGGCGACGUGACUCACCUAUGUCCCAGAUCCCCCCUGGGUCCCCAUCAGCAGUAGCUUUUGCAAGCCGACGUGACUCACUACAGUCACAGGUGCUCCCCAUGUCUCCAUCAGCAACUUUGGAAAGGCGACGUGACUCACCUAUGUCCCAGAUCCCUCCUGGUUCCCCAUCAGCAGUAGCUUUUGCAAGCCGACGUGACUCACUCCAGUCACAGGUGCUUCCCAUGUCUCCAUCAGCAACUUUGGAAAGGCGUCGUGAUUUCCCUAUGUCCCAGAUCCCUCCUGGUUCCCCAUCAGCCUUUAUAAACCGAUGGGACUCACUUCCGUCACAGAUACCCCCUACUUCUCCAUCGGCAACUUUUAUAACUCGCCGUGAUUCACCUCUGUCUCAAAUCCCUCCUGGUUCCCCAUCAGUAACUUUCAUAAAUCGACGAGACUCACUUCAGUCACAGAUGCCUCCUGCCUCUCCAUCAGCAAUUUUUGAAAGGCGUCGUGAUUCACCUCUGUCCCAGAUCCCUCCUGGAUCUCCGUCAGCAGUUUUUACAAGUCGACAUGACUCACUUCCGUCACAGAUGCCUCCUGUCUCUCCAUCAGCAAUUUUCGUUGGUCGCCGUGAUUCACCGCUGUCUCAGUUCCCUCCUGGUUCUCCAUCAGCUGCUUUUACCAGUCGACAUGACUCACUUCAGUCACAGAUGCCUCCCACCUCUCCAUCAACAGUUUAUUCAAGUCGUCAUGAUUCGCUUCAAUCAGAAAUGCCUUUUAUUUCUCCAUCAGCAAGCUUUGCAGGUCGCCCAGAUUUAACUCAUUCUCGGAUGCUACCUACUUCCCCACCAGGAACCUUUAUUAUUAGCCCAAGUUCUGCUGCUUCUCCUGAUACAGCCUAUGUAAGUCGACGAGAUUCACUUAUACUUCAGCCAGAAAUUCCUUCCUCUUACCCAUCAAAAUCUCCCAUGAUACAUCAAGAUUCACUAACACUCCAAUGCCAGAUAAUGUCCACUUCCCCACCAGCUCCAUUCAUGGAUCGACAAGAAUCUCUUGAAGCACCCAUUCCCCCCAGUUCACCACCAUCUCCAUUCAAAGACCGCCACGAUCUACUUCCCAGACAAACUGAAAUCCUUCCUGCUUCAGCCACAUCUCCCUGCAUCAUGCGUCAAGCCCCAAGCUUAGAACAACCAAAACUUGUACGAAGUUCCCCAGCAUCUCCCUACAUAAAUCAGGAUAAUUCGUUGCCAGCUCAGUCAACUAAACCUCCUAGCUCUUCACAGUCGAUGACACGUCAAGACUCAAGCUCCCCCCAGCCUCCAGCACCACCUAGCUCUCCACGACCUAAACCCAGACGACUUCAGCGUCAGGACUCGAGCUCAUUCCAGUCACAAUUGCCUCCUGCAUCUCCUAAGUCCCCUUUCAUAAACAAAGAUUCGCUUGCUUUCCAGACACCAAUCCCGAGUUCACCCGGACCUUAUAUAAAUCAGGAUACACUUUUCCCUCAUUCCUCAGACAUCGUAAGUUCGCCUGAGGGUCACUUCCUCAGUCGCGAAGAUUCUCUUUCACCCCAGCCAUUGCCCCCUCCAAGCUCUCCUCAGCCGAAACCCCGUCGUUUUCAGCGUCAGGAUUCAUACAAAUCUUUGCCCCCGAUUCCUCCAUGUUCCCCUAAAUCACCUUUCAUAAACCGCGAAGAUAAAUUUUUCUCCCAGGCUAAGCCAGCAGCUAGUCCACACGUUUUAACUCGUGACGACUCCUUGUCGACCCAGCCCCUAGCGCCCCCGGCCUCUCCCAAACCUUGCAGGCGAGUACACCAAGACGAAUCGAGUUCACCCAAAUCCCCAGCGCCAACCAGCCCUUUGAAAUCAAAAGAGUCGGGCUCACCCAGAGCUACAACCUCCCCUGUUCCCCAGCAAUCAAAAACGAGCCCCACUUCUCGUGAAGGCUCAGGCCCGCCUUCCCCAAGUCAUUCUGUUAUGGAGACCUCCUGCUAACGCUCACAAUAUUCAGUGUAAGAUCUCAUUGUAGUGUAUUUACAGACGUAUAUAAACGGUAGAUUCAUCAGUAUAGGCACUGGUUACUCGAGUGUUAGUUGUGCUAGAUGUUGCUGUACUCAAGGUGUACAAAUUACGGUAUAAACCAGUUUUAUCAGAAUGAAAUUUGCUGAUAUCCAAUAUAUUUUUAAUGACUUUAUCCUUCGUAGAAUACUUCCUUUUUCUAUGUUCGCGGUAGUAAUUGGUAGUCGUCUUAGCAUUUGCAUACCAAGGACUGUCACGUUGCUUUUAUUUUCCUAGUAAUUUACAUCAUCGUUUGUAUUUAAGUACAAUUUACAUUUUAUUAGUCUGCGAAUAGUAAAAGUAUAUCUUAAAAGACAUUAACUUUGAAGAUUAUUUCUUUUGAAUAA